AUUCAGUACUUCAUCCAUCUUCCCGUAAAGCUGCUCAACUUCAACGAGUUACUUUACGUAAAGAUCGGUUAGAUAAAGCAAAAGUGCGAAGAUAUUCUGGAAGUGUUAGACCAAUUGUUGACAAGAUUUUAUGGUUCAGAUACGCACUUGAUGAUUCAUUUCCUUGCGCUAUAAAGGCCGAUAUUUAUGAUUUGAUUGAAAUGUAUAUCUCUCGUAAUGAUGAUGAACUCUCAAAACUCAAGUUGUUAAAGAUUAAUGGAGCUGUCAGACCUAAAACAGUAAAAGAAGAUCACAUAGAAGCAUUAAAAUUGAAAGACGAUUUAAACAUUAAAUUAGAAAUUCCGGACUUAAUGAAUGCAAAAAAUGUCAAGUUACUAAGAGAAUGGGAUGGUGACCCAAAUUCAUUAUCACGAAUCAAACUUAUUCGUGUAGAAGACCCAAAAAAUGCUACAGAUUUAAAGACAACAGUAACAAAUUUAAAAAAAAUGAAAAUUGACAAAGACUCAGAUAAACCACAAGGGGAAGAAACUACAAAA